AUGGGUUCCCAUCGCUAUUCAGAGCUCGGCCGGAGCCUGGGGCUGUUCAAUGAACAGCUGCCCUGGUACUGGAAGCUGUUCGUCAGCGGUUCUGCCUGGCUUCUUCUCGCUGGUUUCUUGAUUUUUCCCCUUGCCAUGGAGUCUGAGGCUUCGAACCUUCGAGGGAAUAGACAGGCGUUGAUUGCGGUCUCUCUCGCCCUAGUCGUCGUUGCGUCUGUUAACUGUGUCGUAUACUGCGUACGAUGGCGGAAGACUUAUGAAUUUAUAGACUUUAUUUUCUUGUCCUACUUUGGAUCCAGCAUCAUCGGCCUCUUUAAUCUUCUGCUGAACAUCAUGCUUCGACGCCUCCCUAUCGACACGCUGGCCAUAGCCGCCAUCGUCAUAUGUUCUAUCUUCGCGCUGGGGUGUGGAAUAGCCGUUCUGUAUCACUGGCGCGACGAGUUUUUGGCCCCAGGGGCCCUUGGGCGCAAGAAGCGGCGUGGGAGAGACACCCGCGUUGACGACACGGAGCUCCAACGACGACAACUUCUCAAACUUCUUUCCAAGAACUCUGAUCGUGCGCCCAGCCCGGACGUCACCCAGAAUACCUUUCGGAUUGACUUGCCAGACCCUAGCAACGUCGAACCCGAUGAGGAGGCGAACAGACCGUCACAACGCGCGUAUGAGUUUGGCCUUGCGCCGCCUUCUGCACCCACCACCAGCUACAACCCCAAGGGGCCCGCGAAGCCCUCUUCCCGAUCUUCUACCCCUGAUACUGCAAAUUCAUCCACGCCCCUAAAGCCGGACCAGCCCCGCCCCCCAAGACGUGGGCUAGUUGAGCUAGGCGAUCUAUAG